CGUUUUGAGAGGGUUCGGAGGCUCCCAAAGAAGGGUACACCACCCACCCUUGGGAUUUCCUUGCUUCUAUCACGUUUUAAGUAUGCUAUAGUAACAACUAAUACAAAAAGUCCGAUGAACAAUUUUGGAAAAUAGCCGCUAUCAAGUGUUUGAUUGAUGAUAUUUUGCAAAAAGUCAGCUUUGGAAGCCAUGUUGUAAACACUGAUUUUCAACCAAUGAAAAUCGAGAUUGAACUGGCUUCGGCAAAUCCUGCCAAUCGAAUUCGUGCUCUCUCAUUGCUUCCAAAAUGGCGACUGCAAUGAAAAAGCUCCCAAAUCUGAAGAUUUGUGUUGAAAAUACAGACGAUUUGAGUGAAUCUGAGGAUGAGAUAGUGGUGGAAGAUGAAGAUGAUCUCAGGGAAGAUGGAGAGAUCGAUGAUUCAACUGACGAAUCGGGAGAUGAAGUACAAUUCAGCGUGUCAAUCCGAGAUGCUCCUUCAGGAACGAAGUCAAUGUUCCGGGGAGAGAAGAAGUAUGAAAAUAGAUCUGGGGAUUUUGUAACUGGUUUUGAUAUCACCUCCAAGGAAUAUCAAGAAAGAAAGGCAAAGAGAGCGAAGCGCUUUGGUAUUGAGCAUGAGGUCGCAGCAGUUUCUCAAGAGGACCUUAAUUCACUAUAUGAAAGUCUUGGUAUCACUGAGGAGUCCAUGAGUAAGGGUGAGAGAGGCAUACGUCCGGAGGCAAUCCAUAUCAGAGGGGUGGAGAAUAUGAGUACCCAAGAUGUGUUUGCUUACUUCACAGAAUAUGCUCCUGGGAACAUUGAAUGGAUUGAUGAUUCUUCUUGUAAUGUUGUAUGGUUGGACCCAAUGACCGCUGCAAGGGCCAUGAUCAACAUGAGCCGAUCAUAUCUUCAGCAGUGGAAGAAAGAAGAGAAGCCAGGUGAAGAUGUCCUGAGCAAACCUGUCCAGGCUGUUGACAAUGACGACGAUGAUCUAAACUUGAUGACUGACGAUGAGGAGAAGGAGAACAAGGCAACCUCGAAGUCUUCCAUAGAACCAGUCAUAGAUGCGGAGACCGGAGAGGUCAGGCCAGAGGAUAUAAGAGCUAGGCUCGGGGGCGACGCCAUGGAGACUAAUCAGGACACACCGACAAAAGAACCCAAUGAGAGUGAACUCUCUGAUUAUACUAGCAAUGAUGAGGAUGACGACAGUGAUGUUGUCAAACGGCGUAGAAAAAAAUUACUGCCUUCUCCCGAGAAGGAUAUGCAACCUGUUGCUGAUGCUCAUACUGAUGAACCUGUCCCCAGAUUGAGCAAACCAGAGGAGACCUCAGAUGAAGUGGAUUUGAAACCCCCAGGAAAGUGGAGAGCCGGCCUGAAGUCUCAUCCAAAAGCUAACAAUCUCUUCUUGAGAUUUGCUUCGAAAGCUGACAGAAAGAUGCCAGGAGCUGAAAGACGAAGCAAGUAUUAUCAAAAACAUGGAAACCCCAACUACAAAGGAAUGGUAGGGCUGAUAAGUGACUCCAGAAAACGUAAACUUCGUACAGAGGACAGACGGAAGCAAUCCCAUGAGGCACGGGAGGCCAUCAGCAAAGCUAAGGCAAAGGAGGAUGAGCCCAAGGAGGUGAGGCCAGCAUUCCCUAAAUCUGACUGGUUAUAUAACGUGGCCGAAGAGCUCUACGAUGAUCAGAGAUUAAUUGAUUUAGAUGCGCCGAAGAUCGACCAGGAGAAACUGCGGCAGGAAUCAUUGAGACAGGAGAAGGAAGAAACGAUGCGCUUACGUAUGGAUGAGAUUCAGCAGCGUAAGAGGCAGCGAUCACCAGACCGACCUGCGUUGAGGAUGGACGACCCAAAAAUACACCGCCGGGGACUGCCAAAGCCAACAUUCUUAGAAGAGGAGGAGGAAGAUUCCGACUCGAGUAGUGGAAGUAGUAGUAGCAGUAGCAGUAGUAGUUCUAGUGAUUCAGACUCCACGGAUGUGCGGGUGCCUGUGCUGCCAGUAAUAGAUGGUGAGAGUAGCGAGGAGGAGGACCUGUCUUUACUCAUUCCUGCCAAGAAAAGGAUGACCAUGAAGAUGUAUGCUGAUGAAGAAGAGAAAAAGUUGACUAAGCCAUCAUAUAAAAGUGGUGCUACAAAAGGAAAUGAUGCACGAGCAAGGAUACAGAAUCUAAAACGAGAACGAGAAUUACAGUCGCGGGAAUCGGAAACCACUCGUAGUAGUGCAAACGAUUUAAGGCGGAAACUUGAGGGGCGGAGAAAAAAUACUUCCAAUCGUUUCAAGGACUAUCCUUCAUUAGUCGUAGAGGUUUUUGAUGGUGACGAUGAUUGAUUAAGAUGUGGGAAGAGGGGGGCUAAAUUGUCAUUUUUGUUUGGAUUUUGUUCAGAUCAGUCAGUUUGGCUAGAAGAGACUAUAGACUAUAUCGGGUCAUUUUCGUUUCCAGUUAAGCCUUCUCCAAUCCAAAUCAUUUGCAUACUCAUAUCUCUCUAAAUAUGACAGGGCCAUGUCAUGAUUUUGGUGUGAUGGUUAAAAAUGCCAUGACUAGCAAUCAUGUUUGCUACUGACCGCAGAGAUGUUAAUCUCUUUUGCUGUGAAAGUCAAAAUAAA